AUGUCAGGGUCAUUUUGGAAAUUCAGUAAUGGGUUUACGUCACUUUCAAACAUUUCCACUUUAUUGGAAAAUUAUAAUAGAGACCUGGAAUCUGGUAAAAUUGAAGAAGAAGGACAACUUGAAGUUUUAAAGAAAUUAUUGGAUGAAAAUGAUUUGCUACAAGAGUUAUUAUCAAACAAUCCAAUGCUAAUGAGUUUUUUGCGAGAGGAUAAGAUAUUAGGAAUGCUUGUGAAUUUAGUGAUUCUCGAAGGUGCCGUGGAUGAUGAAAAUCCCUCUGUAAAUGAGUCUAAAAGUAAAGUGGACGCAAAAGAGUCUACUAGUGAUGGCAAAACUGUGGAAAAAACGAGUUCAAAACUGGAUUCCAAAGAUUCUAAAGAGGACAACAAAAUGGACAAAACAGUAGAUAAGAAUAAAGAAAAUGGCGACGAUGACGCUGACGACGACGAAGAAGAAGAAGAAGAAGAUGAUGAAAAGAAUGACGAAACUGAUGAACAAGAUCUUGAGGAGUCAGAAGAACAAAAGGCCACUAGAAGAGCUACUAUUGCUGCUGAAAUAUUAAGCGCUGAUGUGUGGUCUUUAACAGAUGCAGUGAUGGCAUCAACAGAAAAUUUAAACAGACUAUGGGAAAUUCUCGAUGAUAAGGAACCACUCAGUAUUAGCUUGUCGACUUAUUUUAUGAAAAUUAUGGAGCAUUUGUUGGAUAUGAAAUGUGAAGAUAUGAUAACAUACCUUAUUGAGAAUCAACCCAAUUUAGUUGAAAAGUUUGUGAAUCAUCUAUCCAACCCACCGUUGAUGGAUUUUUUAUUAAAGUUAAUUUCUACUGAUAAACCAGACAAUUCUACUGGGAUAAUAGACUUUUUACAGAACCAGGAUUUGAUCACACAUUUGGUUGAAGCAUUGGACAUUUCAGGUGGUAAGGAAGAAGAUUACGAAAUGCUUUUAGUGAGACAAAGCUCCACAGCAGAUUUUUUAAAGGCAUUGAUAACCAUUUCAGCCAAUUCGACUACAGAUAAUUCUACAAUUGGUCCUAAUGAAUUGACUAGAGAAUUGGUUUCCCAUGAGCAAAUGAAACGUUUAUGUAAUAUUAUGUUGAAAGGAGGAUAUGCGUUAGCUAAUGGUGUUGGCAUAAUAAUAGAAAUCAUUAGAAAGAAUAAUUCAGAUUAUGACGUUAUACCAAUUUUACACAUCCGAUUAGAGAAUCAUCCACCAACAGGUAGAGAUCCAAUCUAUUUGGGACAUUUAUUGCGAGUGUUUGCGGAAAAGAUAGAGGAAUUCAAUAAAUUGUUAAUUAAGGAAGAUCCUGAUUGCAAGUUAAGGACACCCUUUGGUGAUAUUGAGCCUUUAGGGUUUGAAAGAUUCAAAAUAUGCGAAUUGAUUGCGGAAUUAUUGCAUUGUUCAAAUAUGGCUUUGCUAAAUGAGAAUCGAGGAUUUGAUAUUGUUAAAGAAAGAGAUGAAUUGAGAAUAAAAAUGAAAGACUUUGAUCCCAUUAGUUUCAAAUACAAUGAAACCAUUGUUCUCCCAGAUGAUAACAACAAUGCUGGAAGUAAUGCCAAUGACACUAUUGACGACUUUAAUGCUGAUGACAGUAUUGAUGAAGAAGAAACUCAUGCAAAUGCAAAUUUGACAGAAGAACAACUUAGGAGUAGUCCUGUAGUUGGUGAUUUUUUGAAAAUUGCUUUGUUUGAUACUCAAAUUAUAUCCAACAUCUUGUCCAUGUUUUUCCGUUUCCCAUGGAACAAUUUUUUGCAUAAUGUGGUGUUUGAUAUUGUGCAGCAAGUUUUGAAUGGGUCAAUGGAAAUUGGUUUCAACAAGUUUUUGGCCAUUGAUUUAUUUGCUCUGGGUGAUAUAACGAACAAAAUCAUUGAAGGUCAAAAGUUGUGUGCCGAUUAUGAAUCAACUCACAAUGGAUUGAGAUUGGGGUUUAUGGGUCAUUUGACCUUGAUUGCUGAAGAAGUGGUGAAAUUUGUUCAAUUAUAUCCAUCAAAUACUUUGAGUGAGUUAAUUGAUAUUAAAGUGGAAAGCAAUGUGUGGGAAGAAUAUGUUAACAAUGUAUUGUAUGAUACUAGAGAAAAAUAUAAUGCCAUUUUAGGGGGUGGUGAUGAAGAUGAUGAAGAAGAUGAUGAUGAUGAUGAAAAUACCACUUUUGAAGAAGGUCUUGGGGAAAUAAUAGAAGAGGUGAAAACAGGAUUAGUAUUUGAAGAACCACAGAAGAAGAAAGACUUUUUAGAUGGAGAUGAAUCAGGAUCGGACGACGAUGACCAUUUUUCCAAUUAUAUGUCACAACAAUUGACCAACCCAUCGACGACUCCAAACCAUGAACACGAAGAUGAGCUUGAAACAUCGAGUGAGGAUGAUGAAGAUGAAGAAGAUUAUAUAGAUCCUAAUGAUGAUGGAAGAUCAUACAAAAAAUCAAACUCCCUAUAUGAUGCAAAAGGUUCGUUGAAGAAACUUGAAAAUGAGGACGAUAAAAGUGACGAAUCAGACAGCUCUGACGAAGAGGAGAAACAAGACACGAAACUUACAAGAUCAGCAAGUAAAGGUUAG